AUGACGAGGGUGCCUCUCAGGCCUCACCACUGCACGGCGGUGCCUCUCAGACCUCACCACUGCACGGCGGUGCCUCUCAAACCUCACCACCGCACGGCGGUGCCUCUCACGCCUCAACACCGCAAGGCAGCGACUCUUGGACCUCAUCACUGCACGGCAGCGCUUCGCGAGCCUCACCACUGCACGGCGGAGCCUAUUAGGCCUCACCCCUGCACGGCGGUGCCUCUUAAGUCUUACCGCUGCACAGCGGUGCCUCUCACGCCUCACCACCGCAAGGCAGCGCUUUACGGGCCUCACCACUGCACGGCGGUGCCUCUUAGGCCUCACCACUGCACGGCGGUGCCUCUUAGGCCUCACCACUGGACGGCGGUGUCUCUUAGGCCUCAUCACUGCACGGCGGUGCCUCUCGGGCCUCACCACUGCACGGCGGUGCCUCUUAGGACUCAUCACUGCACGGCGGUGCCUCUCGGGCCUCACCGCCUCUCGUUUUCAAACACACGUAUAGUGUGA